AUGUACUCAUCCGUACGAGAUAUGAUAGGAAGGUUUCCCCAUCCUCCACUCUCCACUGUGCUGCACCUCUCCGGGUUCGUGACAGUUCAGCUUGACGAGACAAAAGGGGAACAAAAAGUGCUCCUCCUACCUCCAGUGAUGUCAGCGCCACCGCCGGCCGGCGGCGGCGGCGCCCUCAUCAACGAGGUCCUCACCGACGACGAGCUGCGCGCGGUGCUCACGCGGCUGGGCCCCGAGGCGGAGCGGGACGCGUUCGGGCUCGUGUGCCGCCGCUGGCUCCGGAUCCAGAGCUCCGAGCGCCGGCGCCUGCGCGCGCGCGCCGGCCCGGACAUGCUGCGCCGCCUCGCCGCGCGGUUCCCUGGGGCCCUGGAGCUCGACCUCUCCCAGUCGCCCUCCCGCUCCUUCUACCCCGGGGUCAUCGACGACGACCUCAGCGUCAUCGCCGGCAGCUUCCGCAACCUGCGCGUCCUCGCGCUGCAGAAUUGCAAAGGUAUCUCUGAUGUCGGAGUUGCCAGAUUGGGAGAUGGACUGCCAUCUCUGCAGUCCCUUGAUGUUUCUCGCUGCAUAAAGCUGAGUGACAAAGGUUUGAAGGCGGUUGCACUAGGGUGCAAAAAAUUGAGUCAGCUGCAAAUCACGGGUUGCAGAUUAAUAACAGAUAAUUUAUUGACUGCUCUAUCAAAGUGCUGCCUACAGUUGAUAGAACUUGGAGCUGCGGGAUGUAACAGAAUAACAGAUGCUGGUAUAUCUGCUCUGGCUGAUGGCUGUCAUCACAUAAAAACACUAGACAUAAGCAAAUGCAAUAAAGUUAGUGAUCCUGGAGUCUGUAAGAUCGCUGAGGUUUCUUCAUCAUGCUUGGUGUCAAUAAAGUUAUUGGACUGCAGCAAUGUGGGAGAUAAGUCCAUCUAUUCGUUAGCUAAGUUCUGCCGUAGCCUAGAGACUCUUGUCAUUGGUGGAUGUCGGAACAUUAGCGAUGCUUCCAUACAAGCACUUGCUCUUGCCUGCUCCAGCAGCUUACAGAGCCUGAGAAUGGAUUGGUGCUUGAAAAUAACAGACACAUCAUUGCAGAGCCUGCUGUCUAACUGUAAACUUCUUGUGGCUAUUGAUGUCGGAUGUUGUGACCAGAUAACCGACGAUGCAUUCCUGGACGGAGAAGGAUAUGGGUUUCAGUCUGAACUGAGAGUUUUGAAGAUCAGCAGCUGUGUUCGGCUCACAGUUGCAGGGGUCAGCAGAGUGAUUGAAUCCUUCAAGGCUCUCGAGUACUUGGAUGUUCGGUCAUGUCCGCAGGUUACAAAGGACAGCUGCGAGCAAGCUGGAGUGCAGUUUCCUGCUGGCUGUAAGGUGAAUUUCGAUGGCAAUUUGCUGGAAUCUGAUCCAUCUGCUGAGAGGUUCUUCUAG